AUGUCAAACGACAGCAUUCACAAACCUACUAGCAACGUUGCCCAAGCAGAGACGGAUAAUCCACCCAUGGCUCUUCAUAGUGCACCAGAUCGCAAUGUCGGUAAAGGAGCUGGUCGGAAUAAAAUGAGAGGGGCAUCGGUAUACAAUAACAUAUUGGCGGAUAUGAAAGAUGUCGGGAAAGACGAGGCGGCACUCUCAGGCGUCAUGAUGUCGUGGUUCAAUGCUACGCGUGGCAUUGAUACGUUUUGGGCAGGACAAGAACCGCUAGCUGGAACGUACGAGUGCUGCUUCUGUGGCAUUGAUCCAACCGAAAUUCAUUAUUCGGACGAGCGCUGCUACAAGUGUGCCCAGACAGAUACUAUACAGCGGUCCACGUCUCUACCAUUCCAUGCUGGUUUCUGGGAACCUUAUCCCGCUGAAGAUGUGGGUAAAUCGAGACGACAAGUUCUCAGCCCUAUUCCGGGACGGGAAUUACACUCUGGAGGAAAUCCGACUAGGGUCCGUUGA